GCAGCGCUCUGCUCCCGCAGGAAGCGGCCCGGGGCGGCCGCUCGCAGCCAUGCCGGGCCCGGGCCGCUGAGCCCGCCCCGGCCCCGCCGUACCGCACCAUGGAGGAAGAGAGCAUGAAGCAGAGUUCCCGAUCCUCUGAGGCAGCUGAAGAUGAAAAGGACCAGCGCACAGUGACAGUCAACCCCUCUCACAUGAGAAAAGCAUUCAAGGUCAUGAAUGAAUUACGGAGCAAGAGGCUCCUCUGUGACGUGGUGAUUGUGGCCGAAGCUGUGGAGAUGGAAGCGCACCGCGUGGUCCUGGCAGCCUGCAGCCCAUACUUUUGUGCGAUGUUUACAGGAGACAUGUCUGAAAGUAAAGCCAAGAAGAUUGAGAUAAAAGACGUCGAUGGGCAAACUCUGAGGAAGCUGAUUGAUUACAUCUACACUGCUGAGAUCGAAGUCACAGAGGAGAACGUGCAGGUUUUGUUGCCAGCUGCUAGUUUAUUGCAAUUGAUGGAUGUUAGAAAAAACUGCUGUGACUUCCUUCAGUCCCAGCUGCAUCCCACGAACUGCCUUGGGAUCCGAGCUUUUGCCGACGUGCACGCUUGUACGGAGCUGCUGCAGCAGGCAAAUGCCUACGCAGAGCAGCACUUUCCUGAGGUGAUGCUAGGAGAAGAAUUUCUUAGCCUUAGUCUGGACCAGGUUUGCAGUUUAAUAUCAAGUGACAAGCUCACAGUCUCCUCUGAAGAAAAGGUCUUUGAAGCAGUUAUUUCUUGGAUAAAUUAUGAGAAGGAAUCUCGCUUAGAGCACAUGGCUAAACUGAUGGAACAUGUUCGCCUACCCCUUUUGCCCAGAGAUUAUCUUGUACAGACAGUCGAAGAAGAAGCUUUAAUCAAGAAUAACAACACCUGUAAAGACUUCCUUAUCGAGGCCAUGAAGUAUCAUUUGCUUCCUCUGGACCAAAGGCAACUGAUAAAGAAUCCCAGAACAAAGCCGAGAACUCCUGUUAGCCUGCCAAAGGUGAUGAUCGUGGUGGGUGGGCAAGCACCCAAAGCCAUUCGCAGUGUGGAAUGCUAUGAUUUUGAGGAGGAGCGGUGGGAUCAGGUUGCUGAGCUUCCCUCCCGGAGAUGCAGAGCAGGUGUGGUAUUCAUGGCUGGCAACGUUUAUGCUGUCGGGGGCUUUAACGGGUCUCUAAGGGUACGGACGGUGGACGUGUACGACGGCGUGAAGGACCAGUGGACAUCCAUAGCCAGCAUGCAGGAGAGACGAAGCACCUUGGGUGCUGCUGUGCUCAAUGAUCUCCUGUAUGCGGUGGGCGGCUUUGAUGGCAGCACUGGUCUGGCAUCAGUUGAGGCCUAUAGCUAUAAAACCAAUGAGUGGUUUUUUGUGGCUCCCAUGAACACAAGAAGAAGCAGUGUUGGAGUUGGAGUUGUGGAGGGGAAGCUGUACGCCGUGGGGGGUUACGACGGAGCGUCCCGUCAGUGCCUUAGUACGGUGGAGCAGUACAACCCGGCCACCAACGAAUGGACCUACGUAGCUGACAUGAGCACGCGGCGCAGCGGAGCAGGUGUUGGUGUUCUCAGUGGGCUGCUGUAUGCGACUGGGGGGCAUGACGGUCCCUUAGUAAGGAAGAGUGUGGAAGUCUAUGACCCAGGAACAAACACCUGGAAGCAAGUUGCAGACAUGAAUAUGUGUAGAAGAAAUGCAGGUGUGUGUGCGGUGAAUGGCCUCCUUUACGUGGUGGGAGGAGAUGAUGGUUCCUGCAAUUUGGCCUCAGUGGAAUACUACAACCCCAUCACCGACAAGUGGACAUUAUUACCAACCAGCAUGAGCACAGGGAGAAGUUAUGCAGGUGUGGCUGUGAUUCACAAACCUUUGUGACACAUGAUCAAGCCAGUGUGAGGAGCAGAAGUGAAAUGGAUCCAGCUAGGUGGUUGUCAUGGGUUAGCCCCAGCAACUGAGCACCACACAGCCACUUGCUCAUUCCCUCACUGUGGGAUGGAGAAAUGGAAGGGCAAAAGUGAGAAAACUAUGGACAGAGAUAAAAACAGUUCAAUGAAUAAAGCAAAAGAAGGCAUUCCUUUCCUACUUCCCAUCUCAGACAGAGGUAUUCAGCCAUCUCUAGGACAGCAGGGCUCCAGCAUGCCUAACGGUGACUUGGGAAUACAAAUGCCAUCACUCUGAAUGUCCCCCUUCCUCCUUCCCCAGCUUUAUCUGCGGAGCAUGACAUCGUAUGGUCUGGGAUGUCCCUGAGGUCAGUUGGGGUCAGCUGUCCCAGCUAUGUCCCCUCUCAACUCCUUGUGCACCCCAGCUCCCUCGCUGGUGGAGUGGGCUGAGGAGCAAAAAAGGCCUUGACUCUGUGUAAGCCCUGCUCAGCUGUAACUAAAACAACCCUGUGCUAUCAACACUGUUUCCAGCACAAAUCCAAAACAUAGCUCCAUACCAGCUACUGUGAAGAGAAUUAACUCUACCCCAGCCAAACCAGCACAGCGAUAUUGGGAAGAUGACUGACCUCCGACUUGACCCAUCUCAUUGCUGUUAACAUCUUAGCAUGACGAUUGAUAUGUUGCAAACAUCAUCUGUCUGCUCUGCGGUGGAUCAUGUGGCAAAGUGGAUAUACCUCUGGGGUCAUGUGCCAUCCUAGAUGGGAGGUAUUGCUUGUUACCUGUGGUGCAAUCAACCGUUCUUCUCAAUGGCUAGUGUCCUGAGAUAGACGCUGUGCUUGAACUGCAGGCACUGAAUUUCUUGUGUGAAACAAAACUGCUAUGUUUGGGCAUGUGAGUAAAAACAAACACUUCUGGAUUUCUUCACUACUGAUGCUUUGUGCACGUUAUUGGUUGAACUACUUAACUGUGCCUGGAGGGUCGACUUUACUACUGGUAGUGGAAACUUCCGAGUACCAACUGAGAAAAGCAGUCAGCAGAAAUGGACUGGAACAGGGUGCUCUGGCUUGAGUGUGACGCUCUCUUAGUCAUACAUUUGUAAAUGCCACUGGACUACUGUAUGUAUCCCCAAAAUGCUUGUUGUAUGGUGGAAAUAAAUACUGUGUGAUUUUUUUUGUUUUCUACUUGCCAUGAAUGCUGUUUGCUGUAUGUGGUGGGACCUGCUGGGCAGUGCCUUCCCUGGGGCUGGACUCUCAGCACCUGGACCACACAAAACUUCACAACCCUCUAAAACGUGUGCUGCUCUGAUGGGUUUAUGGCUCCUGUGAAGUAAAUGUUGCUUGACUAGAAACUAUUCCUGACCUCUGCAUUUCAGCUGUGCUGAAAGCCCCAGUUCUAGCUCUGUCCAGCAUCUCAAUGCCAUUUCAUAAUAGAGCAUUUAGAUGUUUAAAAAUACCUUAUGGUGCCAUUAGUGUGGAGACAUUACAUACAGUGAGAACCCUCUGUCACCCAAGCAGGGAUUAAUGAGCAAAGUAAAAUACUUGGAGGGUUUUAAUGCUUCCAGAGCAUGGAGAUUAAUCACUGUCACUGUAAUUGCUAUUUUAAUCUUGCCUGUACUGAACACGUUCCUCUCUUAGUGUGACAAAUUCAUAAGAUGAUUCAAAGCAGACAAAUAUAGGUCCAGCGGUGUCAGGUAGCUGUCUUGCUUACAUCCCAGAAUCUGAACACUUUCCGUUUAAGAUAUAUGACUUUAAAAUACCUUUUUGUGUCUCCCUUUGAGCUUUGGCAUGCCUCUGCUUACAAGGGUGGACUCCCAAAGGACUCCUGAGCUAAAAGGAACUACUGAAGAAAGAUAUUUUCCCUCUUCUUCUUGUUUGUUGUUUGUUUGUCCCAGUAGAUCAGCUGCAGGACCAAAUCUGCCCAUGUUACUGUUGAGCUACAGCACUUAACCAGUGUUAUUGUGCCAUUUUUUUUAGCCCCACACAUCUCCUAUCAAAAGGACUUCACGUGACCUUCUACAGUAGCAAAGAAAAAUACUCCAAAAUUUAUUUCAGAGGGAUCUAAGGCCACAUCACCUUGUGCAGCUUUUGUAGAGGAAUGGGUUUUCUUUUGUAAAUGGGUAGGUUUGUAGUGUUUGAUUUGAUAUGGUCCUAGUAAGAGAGAUGCCUGUUCACUGUGGGGGAAAUAGCACCUACUUUUGCUGUGUCCCCUCCCACAAAAGGGCUGACCUUCAUGGGGAAUAGGAGCACCCACUCCUCUUUGAAUGUUCUUCUUUUUACAAACAAAAGCAAACUGUCCAGAGCAAUAGCAGUAUUGUUCUUGAUAGCUACCCUUCCAUUCUAUGUCAGCUCAGAGAUGUUGAAAAUAAAAAGUAGUCUUCUUCUGUAAUACCAUUUAAACCUUUUGCUUUUGGUUCUACAGUCUGCAGUGAAGUGUGCCAAAAUAGUAGUAUGACAUGCUGCUCUUUUCAGAGGUGUUGCUUACACGAAUAGUGAUAGAGGCUGGUAGGAAUGUAUCCCAUGACUGCAGCUGCCUUCAGGUCAGAGGCCCGAGAUGCAUCUUUACAGUGACUUAGGCAAGAUGAUGCCUUGGCUUGGACUGACUCAAAUCACUGCCCCAAAAGGAAACACCAAAAGGUGUUUCCCUUUCACAUAGGUUGUGAGAACAGAGGAUAGAAUGGGACAGGCAAAGCAUUUCAGUCAGAGUUAGCAUCUGUUGUUGGACUGAGAUGACAGGACAAGGACAGAGGAGCUUUUGGGCACAUGUGGCCCUUGUAUAGAUGUGGGCAAAUGUUAAAUAGCUACUGUAUAGCCCAGUUACAUACAGGUCAACAGUUUGGAACAGUUGCCAGCUAACCUCACACUGGCAUCACUGGAACAAAGGUGAAUAUUAUCCAGAGACUAAAAGUUUAUGUAGGUUAGAGAUUAGAAGUUAGUGCUGGAGAGAUACAAGGCUGAAAUUUGCUCUGUUUGUCAGAUGUGAAAGGUGGAUAUACCUGAAGGUUGGAUAUUUUUUUGCCACCUGGACAUCUCUUUAUAAACCUUCCUACUUGUAAGGAAAAACAGUUUUUGGUGUUUUUCUGCUGUUGUAAAAUGGCAUUUCAGCCCACUGCUGGCCUGGACCUGCGGCUGGACAGGGCUGGGACUUGCAGCCCGUUGCAGGGGUGGGAUGAUGCCAUUCCUGGCUGCAGCCAAUUUUCCUCGAUGGCAAAUGACACGUUUCUUUUUCUUUCCUUCUCAAACGUUGCAGUGUUAUGCAAGUCAAGUGACCUCGUUUUCCAGCUAUGCAAUAUGACCAACCGUAACGUGUGACGAACCAGCUGUCUCCCCCCUUGAAAUGCUUUCUGAAUUUGUCUGUCUUUGCCGUGUGGUUUCCUGUUUGUAUUUUUAAUUCUGAGCACCUGAGCCAGCUCCUUUAAAGAUUGCCUUUUUCUAGGACUGAAAACGUAGCAUUAGUGCUAACAAAUUUUACUGUAAAUAUUUUUCUAAGAGACGAUUUUAAAUGAUUUUUUUGAUUGCUUUUUAUGGUUGUCAAUGACACCUCUGUUAAAUUCUGGAUCUAAUUCUUACACUCCAGUGCAGUUUUUGCUGGCUGUGAUGUAGAUGUGGAUCUGUAUGCUUUCUGCACAAGAAAUUCCAUGUUCUGACUAAGAUCUGGGAUAGCUCCUAUGUUCAUUCUAACAUAUUAGGAGGACAGCAUUGGGCUGAACAUUAUGAAGAAUGAAAAUCCAUUACCUCAGUCACCAGUACGCUCUUAGAUUAUUAGUUAUUUUACAACAAUUUCAGUGCUCUGAUUUAAUUUUCCUGUGCCAUGGGUUUGCUUCCCAGUCAUCUUGGUGGACAAGCUGUCUCUCAGCAGUUUUGUUUCUUGGCUCUCCUGCGUGAGCACAGCGCUGCUGGAAGAUGAAGGAUGCCAUGCACAAAACAGCACAGGCAUGCAAACCCCUUGGGCUGCCAAAACCAGUGAAAUUAUUGCAAGAGGUUUGGUAGAAGCUUUACAAACCAAACUCAAGCUGCUUCCUCACAGUGGUCCUUUGUGAAUAUGAAGGCUUUCCUCAUCUUUCUCGUGUUGGCUCUCUCCGGGGGUCACCAUGUGCUGACCCCCUGAGGAUUCCGGCCUUGGGUUUCCCAAAGGUGUCUUAGCUCUUUCAGAGAGCGCAUCCCUGGGGAUGGGCACCCAGAAAACCCAACUGCAUCACCUGUGGGUGCACAUGCUGCUCAGUAUGCAACAGGGAAGCCUAUGUAAAGCAGGAAAGAUUUGUCUCUAGUAAUUUGUUGAAGUGAGUUUGAAUCAAGUCCAUCUUUUCCAUUUGUGCCUAAUAGAUAAAUUGGGGGUGAUUAAACCCAAUUUUAAGUUCAUUCAGUUAUCCAAAUACUUUUUUUGUACAGAUGUGUACAGCACUGUAAUUACCAUAAAUAUACUUGGCAGCAUUUGCAUGACACCACCAUGAAAGCUUAAUACUGUUCUCUUGCAGUGUUUGGAGACUAAAAUCCUUAAUAUCCAGCGAUGUGCGAUGCCUAUUCAUCAAGCUAACAUGACGGCUCGAUAGAUAAAUGCAGAUCAUUUUUAACCUUUGGGAUUCAUUAGUAAUAAAAUGUAGUAUCAAAGCUGCUGCUCCCUUGGCUUAACAUCAUGCCCAUAAAUCACAUUCACGUGAGCAUCAUUUGUUGCUCAAAGCUGCAGUGUUUGGGCGUGUGUUUGACAUUGUAGUCUGGAGUCACUUUUUUCCUCUGCCCUUAUCUUUGUUUAUGCUUUUAUAAAUUAUUUUCUUCUACAGUGAACACAAUAAAUAAAUAUCGAGAAUUUUAAUUUGUAUAUUUUAUGUAUAACCUCCCCACCCCUCCCUAAGAGUAAUGGAUGAUUGUGAAAAUAAUCUACCUGGGUGUGAAACUCUUUGUUUUUGUAAAACAGACUUUGUUGGUUCAGUAGCUGACAGCAUACCAUAAUGAGCUGGUUGACUGUUUAAGCUCAUUUUUUUAAUUAAAGAUUUUUUGCAUGAGUGUGAAGGACCAAGGACUUUGCAAAGUAAUUCUCUUGACAGCUGUCUUGUCAGGUGUGACAAAUGACUCAAGAAACUUUCUUCACUGACAUAUUUAUAUUAUGAAAGAAAAUCAUACUGUAGUUCCC